GGGCCGGGGUGGGGGAGGCCCUGGAAGGGGGCCCUCCCCUCUCACCUCCCGCAGCCCACUCUUACUCACCUUCUCUCGGAGCCUCAGCUCGGCCGCCUUUAGCCCGGGGCGGUGCGGAGGGGCUGCGGGCUGGAGAGGUGAGCGGGCGGGCAUCUCCGGGCGGCGCCCUCAGCCCAGGCCGGCCGGCGGGAGGACCGGAGCCGUGCACGCCCCCACCCGGCGCCACCGCGAGGCGGGCGCGCUCGGUUCCGCGCCCUCGAGGCUGGCUCCGACGGCUCCGCGGGGCCCGCCCCCUCCGUCCGCAGCCGCGGCCCGCGGCCCCUCCCCGCCGCAUCCCGGAGGCCGCCGGCCCGGGGGACGCGCUCGCGCCGGGGCCGCCCCCUCCCCUCCCCUCCCCCCAGCCCGGGCGGGGGCGCGCGAGAAGCGGUGACGUCAAGGGGCGCGCGGUGGCAGCACCUCCCCGCGCGCUAGUUAAAAAGAAGAAGAAAAGAGGGAGCGAAACAUGAGAGGCUGUGUGAGAAGCUGCAGCCGCCGGCAGAGGAGACCUCAGCAUCAUCUAGAGCCCAGCGCUGGCCCUGCCUCCGCCUGCCCCGCCGCCGCCGCCGCCGCCGUUUCUGUUCCUGCUACUGUCUCACCUAAACAACUCCCGUUACAUGGACAAGUGAAGCUCUGUGGCCGUCUUCUCCUCCUCUUCUUCCUCCUCCUCUUCCAACUCCUUCUCCUCCUCCCACUUGCCAGCCGCAGCAGAAAGCCCCUAACCCACUUGACACUGGCACAACUGCAGACGGUGUCAUCCGCACAACUUUAUCUCGCUCCUCCGGCUCCCCUAAGGCGUUGGACCCAUCGCCUCGUCUUUUAUUUUUUGCAAAGUUGCAUCGCUCUACAUAUUUUCGCCCCCGCCACCUCCCUCUGCCUCUCGAGCGUCCUGCCGCCCCGCAGCCUGCUCCUGGAGCUGCGCCCUAGUGCCCCUGCUGGGCAGUGGCGUUCCCCCCCCAUCCUCCCGCGCCCAGCCCCUGCCGCUCGGGGCAGACGAUGCUGAAGAUGCUCUCCUUUAAGCUGCUGCUGCUGGCUGUGGCUCUGGGCUUCUUUGAAGGAGAUGCUAAGUUUGGGGAAAGAAGCGAGGGGAGCGGAGCGAGGAGGAGAAGGUGCCUGAAUGGGAACCCCCCGAAGCGCCUGAAAAGGAGAGAUAGGCGGAUGAUGUCCCAGCUCGAGCUGCUGAGUGGGGGAGAGAUGCUGUGCGCUGGCUUCUACCCUCGGCUGUCCUGCUGCUUGCGGAGUGACAGCCCGGGGCUAGGGCGCCUGGAUAACAAGAUAUUUUCUGUCACCAACAACACAGAAUGCGGGAAGUUACUGGAAGAAAUCAAGUGUGCGCUGUGCUCUCCACACUCGCAGAGCCUGUUCCACUCACCUGAGAGAGAAGCCUUGGAAAGAGAUCUAGAACUUCCCUUGCUCUGCAAAGACUAUUGCAAAGAAUUCUUUUAUACUUGCCGUGGCCACAUUCCAGGGUUCCUUCAAACUACUGCUGAUGAGUUUUGCUUUUACUAUGCAAGGAAAGAUGGCGGGUUGUGCUUUCCGGAUUUUCCAAGAAAACAGAUCAGAGGACCAGCAUCUAACUACUUGGACCAGAUGGAAGAAUAUGACAAAGUGGAAGAGAUCAGCAGAAAGCACAAGCACAACUGCUUCUGUAUUCAGGAGGUUGUGAGUGGGCUGCGCCAGCCUGUCAGCGCCCUGCAUAGUGGGGAUGGCUCGCACCGUCUCUUCAUUCUGGAAAAAGAAGGUUACGUGAAGAUACUUACCCCUGAAGGAGAAAUUUUCAAGGAGCCUUAUUUGGACAUUCACAAACUUGUUCAAAGUGGAAUAAAGGGAGGAGAUGAAAGAGGACUGCUAAGCCUUGCAUUCCAUCCCAAUUACAAGAAAAAUGGAAAGCUCUAUGUGUCUUAUACCACCAACCAAGAGCGGUGGGCUAUCGGGCCUCAUGACCACAUUCUUCGAGUUGUGGAAUACACAGUAUCCAGAAAAAAUCCCCAUCAAGUGGAUCCGAGAACAGCCAGAGUCUUUCUUGAAGUUGCAGAGCUCCACAGAAAGCAUCUGGGGGGACAACUGCUCUUUGGCCCUGAUGGUUUUUUGUACAUCAUUCUCGGUGAUGGGAUGAUCACACUGGAUGAUAUGGAAGAAAUGGAUGGGCUAAGUGAUUUCACAGGUUCGGUGCUCCGGCUGGAUGUGGACACAGAUAUGUGCAGUGUGCCUUAUUCCAUACCGAGGAGCAACCCGCACUUCAACAGCACCAACCAGCCCCCUGAAGUGUUUGCCCAUGGCCUCCACGAUCCAGGCAGAUGUGCUGUGGAUCGACACCCCACUGAUAUAAACAUCAAUUUAACAAUACUUUGUUCAGACUCCAAUGGAAAGAACAGAUCAUCAGCCAGAAUCCUACAAAUAAUAAAGGGGAAAGAUUAUGAAAGUGAGCCAUCACUUUUAGAAUUCAAGCCAUUCAGUAAUGGUCCUUUGGUUGGCGGAUUUGUUUACCGAGGCUGCCAGUCUGAAAGACUGUAUGGAAGCUACGUAUUUGGCGACCGUAAUGGGAAUUUCUUAACUCUCCAGCAAAGUCCUGUGAGCAAGCAAUGGCAAGAAAAACCACUCUGUCUUGGCAAUAGUGGUUCCUGUAGAGGUUACUUUUCAGGUCACAUAUUGGGAUUUGGAGAAGACGAAUUAGGUGAAGUUUACAUUCUAUCAAGUAGUAAAAGUAUGACCCAGGCUCACAAUGGAAAACUCUACAAAAUUGUAGAUCCCAAAAGACCUCUAAUGCCCGAGGAAUGCAGAGCCACGGUACAACCUGCCCAGACCCUGACUUCGGAGUGCUCCCGGCUCUGUCGAAAUGGCUACUGUACCCCCACGGGAAGGUGCUGCUGCAGCCCAGGAUGGGAAGGGGACUUCUGCAGAAUCGCAAAAUGUGAGCCAGCGUGUCGUCACGGAGGUGUCUGUGUUAGACCGAACAAGUGCCUCUGUAAAAAAGGAUAUCUUGGUCCCCAAUGUGAACAAGUGGACAGAAACAUCCGCAGAGUGACCAGGGCAGACAUCACCUAGAUGAAACACCUUUACUCUGUCCUGUAAAAUACUAAAGUUACAUUUUUCACCAACUUAAUUGGAAAGAAUGGGAGUGAGAAACAGUCUUUAAUGUGCUGUGGAUCUAAUCUAGCAAUGUAUCCUUGUGCCAACAUGUAAUCAUUAACGACGGAUGAAAAAGCAAGAAAACAGCCAAUCCUUAUAAAAUUCCAGCAUUAAACAUUUGUAAAGUGCUUUUCACCAUAGCAAGAUGGUCAGAGUAUAUGUAAUUAGAAUGUUGCAGAUUUCACAUUGAAUCGAACCUCACUGGAGAAGAGCUCACUGGUUUUAACAAAUCUUGGUUAUGUAAGCUGUCACUUGUACAAAUUUUUAAUAUAAUAAUUCUUGCCAAAUAUGACUUUUAAUGUAUAUGUUCUUUCAGAAUUCAAUGAAAAUCCUCUUUGGUUAAUGUAUGAAUAAAUUUUCUGUAAAUGUUCUGUUCAAGUUUUUAAAGAAAUGCCAUGUUCUAACUUAAAACUGCAAAAAGUCCAGUAGACAUUUGUCUUAAUGGUUUUCGAGGCCAGCUCUCCAUGUUUGGGUUAUAACAAAAUUAUAAGGGCUCUUUGCACUACUGAAAAAACAUCUACUCAUGACAUGCACACACCCACUAUAGGUUGUCCUUCUGUAAACAUCUGUUCCUCCAGAAUCUAAAUUGGAGAGUAGUAUAGAUUGUACAGCACAGGCUGACUUUCUAAACCUGCUCCUUACCUUUAGGAGUAUGAGCCUCAAUUAAAAAAAAAAAAAAAAUCUUGUAACUAGCAUUUCUCUAUUGUUUUAAAGUGAGAGAUUUGCAAUUAAAGCACAGUGAGCAUUUAUAUAGAAACCACAAUGUAGAAAGGUUGGCUAAGUACACUGCUCUUGUCUUCCAUAUAUGAUUACUUAAGUUUCAAGUGACCUCAUGCCAAAUGGAAAUGGGUUGAGAAAUCUUGGUUCAGUGCUUAGUGAACAAUAGCCUGCAUUAAAAAGUGCAUGCAUAAUUUUGCACAAUUUAGAUUCAAUUGACAGUCUAUUCAAAGAAGUCUCAGGAUUAAAUGAGCAUGGAGACCAAAUUGCCCUCUUACCCCAGAAAAGGGGUGGUCCCUUCUAGUCACACUAGCACUUCAUUGGCCCAACAGUGUGACAAAUCUUGCAGUGAACCCUGCAGUAGCCUGCAUCUGUAGGUUAAUAGCAAUCUUUUGUCUCCAUUGCUUUCUCUUCAUAGCCCUUUUACUGAAUUCCAUCACAGAAAGUUUUACAAUUAAAAAAAAAAAUGUCCUGACAACCAUUUUUGUAAAUGGACCUUACCAUCUAAUCGUCCCUUAUUCAACGUGGGUGACAUUAACAAAAUGUGAACUUCUUGUGAGGGAGCCAGCUGUCUAAAUCUGUCAAAUUGUGCAGUUUUAUUACACAUUCUCCCGUUCAUAGUUUCACUGAAAACAAUAAGGAUACUGCUAUAUAUUCAGCAAAAUCUGAAAAAUCCAGCGUUUCUUCUUACAUCCUUAAUCUUUCCAUUUCUUCCAAAAGAAAAGGUGUUAUAUUGCCAUGAGUUCUCCUAUUUAAAAAUAUCUAUAUUAAAUUGACCAAACCCAGAUUGUUUUAUACAGUCCUUUCUCAAGUGAAAGAGUUUCAAAUGACUUAGAAAAAC